AUGGGCCGCGAUAUGUCGGAUUUGGCGGCGGGAAUGGAGGAUAUUCGUGAGGCUCUCCAAACCUUGAUGCGACGCGAGCAGACGAACCGUGACGGGCCCGAUCAUCGGGACGGCGGUCGCGGUGGGCAGCGUGGUGGCCGUGGGGGUCGCGGUCACGCGCGUUUUGGUGGUGGCCGACGUGCGCCCAACUCGACAGGGCUGACUGGAUUUCCCUCGGCUGGACCGUCGACCAGCACGGCUGUAGGAAUCGGGACUGCCUCAGCUGGGAUGGAGGGGUCGCGCGCCGGAGGUGGUCCCCGCUGUUUUUCUUGCGGCGAGGCCGGCCACCGUCAGUCCGCCUGUCCCCGCCGCAACAGCUCUCGGGCUCUACUGGCAGAUGACUUUGACGGCUCGGCGGAG